GCGGGCCGUACCUGGCGGUGGCGGCGCGCUCGGGCUGCGCGGUCGCGGCCAUGCCCGAGUGCCCGGAGCUGCACCUGGCCGGGCGCUUCAUCAAUGGGACGUGCGGAGCGCUGGUGUUCGCGGGCGGCGUGGAACGCUCUCCGGUGGGCCGCGGCCCGGAGGUGCCCUUCCGCUGCGAGGCCUACAGCAUCUCGGCCAUUGCCCGGGGCAAGGAGCUGCGGCUGACGCUGAGCGCGCUGGACCCCGCCGCCGGCCCCCCGCCGCAGGACCUCGUGUUCCGCUUCGGCAUGUCGGGGUCGUUCCGGCUCUGCCCCGCCGCCGAGCUGCCCCGCCAUGCCCACCUGCGCUUCCUGACCCGGGAGAGCCCCCCGCGCGCCCUCUGCUUCGUGGAUCCCCGGCGCUUCGGGUCCUGGCGCCUGGGGGAUGCCUGGCAGCCGGAACGGGGGCCCUGCGUUAUCUCCGAGUACCAGGCCUUCAGAGAGAAUGUACUGAAGAACUUGGAUGACAGGGCUUUUGACAAGCCCAUCUGUGAGGUCCUCUUAAACCAGAAGUAUUUCAAUGGAAUUGGGAAUUACCUGCGUGCUGAGAUCCUGUACAGGUUGAAGAUCCCUCCCUUUGAAAAAGCUCGGACCAUGCUGGAGGCCCUGAAGGAGCAGGAGAUGAGGAAGAAGGAUCCUUCUCUGACGCUGAGAAAGAAGGUGAAGCUGAGGCAAGAGAACCCAGAUCUCUUGGAGCUGUGCCACACUGUGCCCAAGGAGGUCAUCUCGGCAGAGCUCUUCGACCCCGAGCACUCAGAUAACUACGCUGCCUUCAAGAACUGGCUGCAGUGUUACUUGGUGCCUGGCAUGAGCUCCCUGCGUGACCACAAUGGCAGGACCAUAUGGUUCCAGGGAGAGCCUGGCCCCAUGGCUCCCAAAGGGCAGAGACCACGCAAGGCACCCCGCAAGAACCCCCAGGUGAAGGCAGAUCCUGAGGCACCCAGCCCCAAGGUCACCCCACGUGCCUCGAAACAGCACCGCAAGGCUGCAGUGAAACCCCUGAAGUCACAGGUAAAGGAAGAAGAGAAGGAAGAGGAGGCUGAUGGGCCAAAGAAGGGACAUGCUCGUGGGAGGAGGAAAGUGACUGCUGCUCCAGCCUUGCCUGAGGUGCCUCUGGGUGUCAGAAGAAGCAGCCGAACAUCUGCUCGCAGGGGCAAAGGUGCAGCCCCUGCUGUGUGAGUGUCACCUGCUGCCACUUCUGAGGGGCAAGUAAAGGGCCCAGAGGAGCUCGGGCCACAGCUCAGGGUUAGUGCAAAUGGAGCUGUUCUGUACCUGUGCUCACACUUCUUUGCUACUGUUGCAUCCUGCCAAUGUGGGAGGGAGAAGUUGAGAGUGGUGAUGGGGCUUUUCCUGCUGUCAGGGAAAAAGGGCCAGGAGCUAUGUUGUGCUGGACUCUGAUCCUUCCUUCUGCCUCUUCCCUUUCUGGCUGCUGAUCCAGUCACUGUUUUAGCUGACUAAUAAAGUAUUUUGUGUAGAAAUCA